CUUUAGGAGAGUGCGGUUCGGGAGCGGCGUAGUUUAACUUGCCGUACAUUGCACUGAAUGGCUGCUGGGAGUGUUUUCUGGAGGUAAUUUAUAUAAAAAUGACUCAUAAGUGGUGCUGCUUGCUCCCAGCCCUCAUAAUUUGUGUUGUUUUCCCUCUGACGUGUGAGUCGGAGUUCCAGACGCUGGCGCAUCUGAGAGCGCAGAGCAGCAGCCGCACGCAGACGAAGGCUGUGAGGGAGCUCGUCCGGCGGCUCCUGGGCGACAGGGCCGCCGAGUUCGUGGUCUCCGUCAACAGCAGCCUGGCUACGGACAGCCUGGACGUUUGUGAAAUUAGCUCAGCACAGAACAGCGUUGUGGUGAAGGGCAGCUCCGGCGUGGCUGUGGCUACCGGCAUUUACAACUACUUGAAGUACUUCUGUAACUGUCACGUGUCUUGGUCCGGAAACCAGCUGAACCUCCCGCGCCCUUUGCCUCCUGUCACUGGGGUCCUGAGAAUCAGCACUCCACACAGGUUUAGGUAUUACCAGAACGUGUGCACGCAGAGCUACUCAACAGUGUGGUGGGACUGGUCACGAUGGGAGCGUGAGAUUGACUGGAUGGCUUUCAAUGGCAUCAACCUACCACUGGCAUUUACUGGGCAAGAGGCACUGUGGCAGGAGGUAUACCUUUCUCUGGGCCUUAAUCAGACAGACAUUGAUGAGUUCUUCACAGGUCCGGCCUUCCUGGCCUGGAACCGCAUGGGAAACCUUUUUAAGUGGGGUGGCCCACUCUUCCAGUCCUGGCAUGUAAAGCAGCUGUAUGUACAGUACAAAAUCCUUGACCGAAUGAGAUCUCUAGGAAUGAUGCCUGUUUUGCCUGCAUUCUCAGGGAAUGUUCCUGCCGCUAUUACUAGGCUGUUUCCUAAGGCAAAUGUGACCAAGUUAAGCCCCUGGAGCCAUUUUAACUGCACCUACUCCUGUGCCUACAUCUUGGAUCCCCGUGACCCCCUCUUCAAUCGCAUUGGUUCGCUGUUCCUGUCCAAAUUGGUGGCACGAUUUGGAACAGACCAUAUCUACAACACAGACACCUUUAAUGAGAUGACUCCUGCUUCAUCAGAUCCAACGUAUCUGUCUGCAGUGAGUCGUGCAAUCUUUGUGUCCAUGACCUCAGUUGAUCCCAGUGCCAUUUGGCUGAUGCAGGGCUGGCUGUUUGUUCACAAUACCACAUUUUGGAAGCAAGAGCAGAUCCAGGCCCUCCUGCAUGGUGUACCCAUUGGCAGAAUGAUUGUGCUAGACUUAUUUGCUGAGUCCAUGCCAGUUUUUUCUUCCACAAAGUCUUUCUAUGGACAGCCAUUCAUUUGGUGCAUGCUGCACAACUUUGGGGGCAAUAGUGGACUCUUUGGCACAGUGGAGAGCAUCAAUCUGGGUCCAUUUGAGGCUCUUCGAUACCCUAAUUCCACCCUUGUCGGGCUUGGCAUGGCACCUGAGGGCAUUGAGCAGAACCCGGUGGUAUAUGAGCUCAUGAGUGAGUUGGCUUGGCGCAAGGAGCCUGUCAACCUGGCCAAGUGGGUCUCCUUGUAUGCUACUCGUCGCUAUGCCAGCAAUAAUGAGAAUCUAACUGCUUCCUGGCAGCUGCUGUUCCGUAGUGUGUACAACUGCACAUUGCCACAGUACAAGAACCACAACCACAGCCCGCUGGUUCGCCGGCCCUCCUUGCGCAUGGCCACUGAUGUGUGGUACAACCGCAGGGACCUGUAUGAGGCCUGGAGGCUCAUGUACUCUGCUGCUCAUUCACUUAUGUCUGUGGAGACCUUCAGGUAUGACCUGGUGGACAUCACCAGGCAGGCUCUGGAGCUUCUGACCACAGACUUCUAUUUGGAGAUCAAGGAUUCCUUCCACCUCCAAAAACUACCAGAGCUGUUGACGGCAGGAGGUGUCCUGGUAUAUGAUCUCUUUCCUGAGCUGGACUGCCUGCUGUCCAGUGAGCCCCACUUUCUGCUUGGGGUGUGGCUAGAGCGAGCUCGUUCCCUUGCACAGAACGAGCAGGAAGCGCAGCAAUAUGAAUUUAAUGCUCGUAACCAGAUCACUCUGUGGGGACCAGUGGGGAACAUCUUGGAUUAUGCCAGCAAGCAGUGGGGUGGCCUAAUAACAGACUACUAUGCUCAGCGGUGGAAUCUGUUUGUCAACACACUAGUUGAGUGUCUGGACAGAGGCUUGCCUUUCAAGCAGGAUGCCUUCAACCAGGCUGUGUUUAAAGUAGAGAAGGGUUUUGUCUUCAACCAGAGGAAGUACCCCUCUAAACCACAAGGAGACACCUAUGAUAUUGCCACACGGAUAUUCCUGAAGUAUUACCCAGAGGCCUUAAAAAGACUAAACUGAGAUUAUGGCAAAAAAAAAAGCUGUGGCCUUUUUAAACACUUUCAUUGUUUCAGGUGCUCCUGAAUCUGAGGAAACAUUUUUUUUUUUUUUUUUAGAAAAUGUUUUGAAAUGUAUUUUUACUGAGGUGUUAAAACUGUUUAAUCUUUUAUAACAGUAUAAUCUGAGUAACAGUAUAACUCCCUUUUAUUAGAUUUGGGGGUAGGAUCUGAGGAAAAAUACUUGUCAUACCAAUUGUUAAUGAUUUAGGGGAAAGCAAAUUGAGUAACGUAUCUCGUGUUAACAGGCAGUUUUGUGUAAGGUGAAAGUCAACAAAUGUUGAUUCAUCAAGUUUAUAUAUGUUUAGAAUUAAUCUAAAACAUGUAUAAUGCUCUAAAUGUAGCAUUGCUAAAAAAAAAAAUUGCUGAAAUGCUCUGUAUUGCUGCAUGCACGCUGUCUUGGUAAUGCUGUGGAACUGUUUUCUAUUCUAAACAGUAGGGAGAGCCACUUUUUUUGUGGUCUCAGUCUGAAUUAUGGUCCUUUUUGUAUUUUUUUUUUUUUUUCUUUUAUAAUGUUGGUGUGAAUAUGGGGGACACUUUCUGCAUUGGGCAUUUCAGCCUGCUACACUACUUUUGUUUCCUGUACCGUUUUCAUGUUUCUUUAUUGCUCAUGCAGUUUUCUUUACUUUUUCUAUUCUUUUUAAUAUUUGUCUCUAAGGACACACCAAUGUAGCUGCUUGUGCAUGGGUACACUAUUUCAUGUCAUAAAUCCAUGUGCUGAAACGUUGCACCCUAUAAUUUCAAUUAAUUGGAUAUUUUGGUCCAUAGAUUUCAUUGACAUUUUAAUCUGUAGAAUGGUAUUUAUUUUCUUUCCUACCUUAAAUUAGUGUUUCAUCAGGAAGCUUCACAUAAGCAGUGUGUUUUUGUUUAAAAGUAUUUUUUUUUCUUUGCUGCCCUUGUCUUGUGAAAUUAAAGUCUAGUGCAAUCUAAGCAACAGAGAAUUGAAAAAUGCAGAGUUGCUGUAGCCUAAGUCAGUACUAUGUUUUUAAGAUGGUCUUCAUUAUGGAAAAAGUCCUUUGUGUAAAUGACCAUGGGAAUGUCUGACCCUUGUUCACAAGUUAUGCAUAGGUGAAUGCAUAAGAAUCUGUUAUGUAGACUUUGACUGUAACUUAUGCUUUUUAGCUCUGCAGCAGUUGAGUUUUUUGCUUUCUGCAGUGUUGCAUAUUAAGUUCAUAAAUCAUACUUAGAAGGGGUGAUUGAAACAGUUUACUCUAGCCUCAUGGAAAAAUCUUAUGUUGAUUAUGCUGCUAUUAAUAGACAAACACAAAAAUAGAAUGUGGCAGGAUAGGUUGUUUUUAUAUAUUAAUUUUUUAGA